AUGGAAAGUCUAGAUAGUUCCGGCAUAUCAUACGGAAUGGAUGAAACUACCGUACUAUUUGACAAUGUAACCACUACGGUUGUCAUUCCACUUGAGGGUAAUAUGGGUUUGCUGAUGAACGAUUCACUGAGCACUGACAAUUUGCAAACGAUUGAAGUCGUACCGAUAGUUGCAGCGGGAAUUGUAUUCGGCACCUUAGUAGCUAUUGGCACCGUUGCAACCGCUGUAUUUAUCGCUGUGCUGAUUAGAGGAAGGAAAAAAUUUGCAGAGUUCCCGUUCUUCAUAUUAGUAUGGCAUUUGACUGUUGCAAACAUGAUUCAUAUGUUGAUGGUCGUUUCCACUAUUAUGCCAAUUAUGCUUAUCGAGGUUUGUUGAUU